AAGUGCCCAAAUUGUGCCGGAUGGAGGCUGAUGGAGGACCUUGCAGGAGUCAUCUGAAAAGAUAUGCCUUUAACUUGAGCUCGAUGAGGUGUGAGGAGUUCAUCUAUGGUGGCUGUUACGGAAAUGGCAACAACUUCAGAGAUUUGCAGUCUUGUGUGGACCACUGUCUGCCAGAGAAAACUGGUCCCCUGCUGUGCUAUAGCCCAAAGGAUGAAGGACUGUGUUCUUCUUCUGUGACUCGCUACUACUAUGACACCAAGACUAAAUCAUGUAAGGAGUUCAACUAUACUGGCUGUGGUGGAAAUGCCAAUAACUUUGUUACUGAGAGGGAUUGCUACAACGUCUGCAGGAAAGGGACUAGGAAACCAAGAAUCAACAAGCCAACGAAUGUACUCCGCAGAAAAAUGAUGAUAAAACUGAUUAAAAAACCUCAGACCUAUAACCCGAAGUCUUAA